AUGCUGCAACAUCAGCUUCGCGGAACGGUCGAGAUUCUAGACGAUUGUUCGUUCAAGGUGACGCGGUUUGACAUGCUGCCGGGGAAGGACGUGUACUGGUGGGGAGCAGCGUCCGCGUCCCUCACCGACCUGCUGCACGGCUUCCCCGUCUCGCCCAAGCCCCUCCUCGGCACCUUCAACAGCCAGACAGUCGUGGUUAGUAGCGCUGCCCCUCAGCAAUGCCCCUUACCAGUACCCACUAGCAGUACUUCUUGCCAAUAUCCUCUAGCAGCGUCCGCGUCCCUUAACGACCUGCUGCACGGCUUCCCCGUCUCGCCCAAGCCCCUCCUCGGCACCUUCAACAGCCAAACAGUCGUGGUGCGCCUGGCAUCAAACGUGACGUGGAGCGACUUCAAGCUCCUCUCAGUGUGGUCGCGAACCACUGCCUCAGACUACGCCUCCUCCCGUCAGCCGUCCCCCACCACAGAUGCCCCCUCCCCUGAUACAGCCUUCCCGCCAGAACCCUCAUACGCACUCCCUCCCCAGUCCCCACCUUUGCUGUCACCCCCGCCACCUGCGAAGCCGAGGGUGAAGCAGGGGCAGAGGCAGCCGACCAUGUUUGACAACUGCAUGCAGCUGAGCCACCGUUAUAGGGUGCGGUGGACGCUGGACGAGGCGAGGGGGUUCGUUGACGUGGGGUUGGAAGCGGUUGUGGGGAGUGGGCCGCAUUACCUGGGAUUUGGCUGGGCGGACCCCGACAGUGUGACCAAAUUUAUGGGGUUUGCUGACGUGGUGAUUGCAGGGUUCGAUGAAGUGGCGAAACCAUUUGUGGAGGAUUACUAUGUCACAUCAUACGGGGAAUGCAACCUGGAGAAGAAAACGCCAGAGGGCGUGUGCCCCGACCAGCUUCUGGGCGGCGGCAACUCGUCUCUCGACAACGUGGAUCUGAUCUACGGCCACCGGGUGGACGGCAUCACUUUCGUCCGCUUCCGCCGCCCGCUCGUGAGCCCGGACAAAAGAUUUGAUCACGAUAUCGACGCAGAGGAUGAGAUGAACGUGAUCUGGGCGCUUGGCUCCUUAAAGCCCAUCCCAUCCCCCUCCUCAUCCUCCUCCUCCUCAUCCUCCUCCUCCUCCAUCUCUAAUCCCUCGGUGGUAGGUGGGGUGGCAGGGGCGGCACGAACGCCCCCCGCCCACCUCUUUCCGUCCUACCAUGGGGUCCCACAGGGGUCGUUUUUUGGGGUGGCGGUGUUGACUCUAAGCCUGGCUGUAGAUGACUGUCAGAGUGUGUUGAACCCAGCACUUGGUGUGGGAAAUGCAGGAGGAGGGGGCGGAGGAGCAGGAGGAGGAGGAGCAGGAGGGGCUGGUGGGAGCGGGGAUGGGAACGGGGAUGAUAAUGAUGAUGAUGAUGAGGAUGGGUUGGGAGGGGUGGUGGGGAGCGGAUGGGGGAAAGUCGUCGUCGCAGACCGAGGCACGCUCAUUACAGUCACAUCGGGAAAAAGCACGCACUACCCCAACCCGCCAGCGUCAACGAAAAGCUUCUAUGUGAACGGGCACGAGGCACCGGAGAUUAAGGUGGAGAGGGGGGUGCCAGUGCAAUUCUCUAUACAAGCAGGGCAUGAUCUGGGGGUGUAUAUCACAUCGGAUCCUGUGGGCGGGCGGUUUAACAAGUCGGAGAUUAUAUUCGCGGGCGGCGAGGAGGCGCAUGGCGUGCCGGCGGAUCCCUACACCCUGCUGUGGAAACCCACUAGUUCUACUCCUGACCUCGUUUACUAUCAGUGCUACUCGGAGCCUAAGAUGGGGUGGCGAAUCCACGUGGUGGACGGGGGCCUCUCAGACAUGUACAACCACAGCUUCCAGCUGGCAGACGGGCUCGUCACCAUGUUCUGGACGCUCACUGCCUCUUCCAUAUCCGUGGCGGUCAGGGGCGAGCACCCUUCGGGUUACAUCGCCAUAGCCUUUGGCAGUGGCAUGGUGAAUUCGUGGGCGUAUGUGGGAUGGGUGGAGGGCGGGGAGGGCCGGGUGGCGUCCUACUGGAUUGAUGGCAAGGAUGCCAGCAGCGUGCAUGCUGCUCGGGAGGCGCUCGACAUGAGCAAGUGCAUGCAGGUGGAUGGGGUACUGACGUUUGAGUUCAGCCGCCCGCUGAAGCCACCCGAUUCGGACUGCGACGACAAGUGCAGCGUCAUCGACCCCUCAGAGCCCCUCAAAGUCAUUUGGGCGUACGGGCCCUCCUGGACCUCAGGCAAGCUGUCCUACAUGAACAUGCACACGGUAUGGAGCACCACCGUCACCAUCCUGGACUUGGAAACUGGCGAGGGAACGGUGGAGCAUCUGCAGCCGGUGUUUGUGGUGCAUGGCUUCAUGAUGACCAUGGCUUGGGCUGUUCUCAUGCCCUUUGGUGUGCUGGCUGCGAGAUACCUCAAGCACAACGACUGGCUUUCCAUCCACCAGUACACGCAGUACUCCGCCCUUGCGCUCAUGCUGCUCGGGCUGCUCUUCGCCGUCGGUGAACUGGGCGGCAUCGACCUAUCAUCCAAUCAUGCCAAGAUAGGAAUGGCAACGUUUGCCCUGGGGUGCUUCCAGCCAAUCAAUGCCUUCUUCCGCCCGCCCAAACCGUCGCCUGGGGAGAGGCCUCAGAUGAAACGGGUCAUCUGGCAGUGGGUACACCUACUAUUCGGCCGCGGAGCCCUCUUGGUGGGGGGAGCGGCGCUGCUGACGGGGAUAAUGGAGCUGGGGGAGACGGGGGGGGAUGACUACACGGUGGACGGGUUCCUGUGGGCCAUGGUGGGGUGGUUCGCCACCAUCGCUGCCUUUGUUUGGUUCGUGGAGCGCACGAGAAGGCAGGACCAUGCAACACCCCAGGAGCUAGCCAACAUGAUUCGGCACGACUGGAACGGGUCGUCACCAGCAUCGUCUGACAUGCAUGUGACCCAGCUAGACAGCGAGGAUAGCGAAGACGACACGCGCACCCUCAUCCCCUCCACCCUCCGCUCCUCCUCCCACUCCUCUUCCACCUCCUCUCCCGCACCUGCCCGACAUGGCCAGUCUGCGUCCCCUGCCCAGGGUAAUUUGUCUGGUUCGCUUGCCCGGCUGGGCCCUACAUCUUCUUCACCUGCCCGGAUGGGGAAUUCUGGGUCGCCUGCUCAUGGCUUGCCUGUGAUUCGGGAGGGUCGGGAGGGCAGGGUUGGCGGGCAUGGGGGGGGCUUGGGGAAUGGGAGACGGUUUGUGGAGGAUCAUGAUGGGGCGAUAGAAAUGGGGACCAUCAAGGUCGCUGCUGCUGGUCCUGGGUUAGUUGUGCCAUCGGCAAGAGAGGAUUUGAGGACUGGUUCAGAGGAGGGCUGGGAGAGGUUCGGGAUUGAGGAAGGGAGGAAGAGGAUGGAGCGUGCAGGUCUGGUUGCUCGUGUGCGUGCUGGGCUGGUUGCUGAUGUUGUGCAGAUGAAUUGCUCUGAUGAAGAUUGCCGCGAUCCUGGUGAUGGGUGGAUGAGCGAGGUUAUCCUCCACCUGCUGCACCGGCUCGGCGCGCUGGGCGACAAUCCCAAGGUGAAGGUCGUGUUCAUCGACACCUUCCACCUCUUCCCGGAGACGUACCAGUUCCUCAAGGACUGCGAGGAGCGUUUUGGGUUCAAGGCGGAGGUGUUUCAAGCUGCGGGGCUUAACUCCAAGGAGGACUACGUCAAGAAACAUGGCUCCGACCUCUUCAUCCGGGACAUAGACGAGUACGACCAGAUCUGCAAGGUGGAGCCGUUCAGCCGCGCGCUGACGUCGCUCAACGUGGACGCUAUGAUCAACGGGCGCCGCAGAGACCAUGGCGCUGAGAGGGCGCACCUGGAGCUAUUUGAAGACGGCACACCAGUGAAGGUGCAGCCCCUCGCAUACUGGGAAUUCAGGUAUGCUAGCUACUAUGGGAGUUGCCGAUGCUGUAAUGUGAUGCUGUGGGGUCAUGGUCCCUCGGUUCCUGAUGGGACUGCUUCGACUACCUGGAGAGGCAUGGGGUGCCAGCCCACCCUCUUCACGCCGACGGCUUCCGCUCCAUUGGAGACAUACAGACCAGACCACCCUACUAAACCACUCUUUCGUCCCCCACCCCUCUCCCCCACCAGGGACUGCUUUGAUUACCUGGAGAGGCAUGGGGUGCCAGCCCACCCUCUUCACGCGGAUGGCUUCCCCUCCAUUGGUGACAUCCAGACCACCCUGCCCGUUCCGCGUGCCAAGUGGUUCGAGUACGGUGGAGAGCGGUCGGGGCGGUUCCAGGGGCUGAAGAACAGAGACGGGUCGGACAAGACAGAGUGUGGCAUUCACGUGGAGGAUGCUGUGGCCUCAUCCCUCACUCCGCCUUCCUCCUCCCUCACACCACCUUCCUCCUCACUCACUCCUCCUUCCUCCUCACUCACUCCUCCUUCCUCCUCACUCACCCCGCCUUCCUCCUCCCUCACCCCCCCAUGA